AGGAUAUUGUCCAUGUUUUAUAUUGACAUUGAGGGAAACUAAUUUUCGAUGUGUAUCCUUAUUAUUUUAUCGCCCAGCCCUUGUCUUUCCAACUUCAUCUUUCAUACUUGAUUAUAAUCGACCUUAAUUUCCAUGAUUAUACAUAUGGAUGGCAAGAUCUGGACUCUCACACGCUCCCUGCAGUUGACAUCCUUCCAGGCCUAUAAGCUGAGGGUAACACACUUGUUCCAGCUGAAGCAGCACAGCAUCCUGGUGUCAGUGGGACAGGAUGAACAUGGAAUAAAUCCUCUAGUAAGUGCAUUUCUUCAAAGAGACAUGAAGUAUCAAAGAGUCAUGCAGAUAAAUUAAAUGCUCAACCUGCGUACUCUAUCAAUUCUCUAUCUCAGGUAAAGGUGUGGAACCUUGACAAGAGAGACAGUGGAAAUCCUCUCUGCACCAGAAUUUUCCCUGCAAUUCCUGGCAACAAACCGACUGAGGUGUCUUGUCUCAGUGUGCAUGAAAACCUAAACUUCAUGGCUAUUGGUAAGACACAAAGAGAGUGUGUGCUGUGUCAUUGUCCUGGUAAUCCCUGUCAGACUGGAUAAAUAAGAGUUCUCCCUCCAGUGUUAAAAUGAAUGGUGUGUUUCUUCACAGGCUUUACAGAUGGCAGUGUGGUUUUAACCAAAGGUGACAUCACCCGAGACCGUCACAGUAAGACUCUGACUCUGCAUGAGGGGAGCAGUCCGGUCACUGGUCUUGCUUUCCGUCAAGUGGCAAAGGUCACACAUCUGUUCGUGGCAACUCUAGAGAAAGUACAUGUAAGUAGAUAAAGCUUUUUUAAAUUUUAAUGACAUGUCUUUGGAUUGAACUAAUAAACUGUCACAAAAGGCAGACCCAGCUUGUAGGCUGCAACCUGCAGUCUGACUGUAAAUGGGUUAGAUCAGAGAUGUCCACUUGUUUUGCUUGAUUAAAGGGAGAUAUUCCUAUUCCAACACUCCAGUAGUAUUAUUGAAUUUCCACAAAAAGAAGGGUCCCCUCCUUGAUGGACCAAAGGGCCAGUGUUGGUGGCCGCUCCUCCUGUCCCAACUUUUUCUCAAAUUUAAAAUGAUCACAUAUAUUUUUCUUUAUAAAAGACAUUUUCUAGUGUUUACAUUUUAUAUGUUGCUGCAUCAUUUUCCGUCAAAUAUAGGCUUUGAAUGAUUUGCACACCCCUAAAUCUUGUGUUUUUGACUUUUUACACAGCUUUCCAACUCUUAUAAAACUGGCUUUGUACAUGACUGGGAUAGGUUAAAUGAUGAACUCAUUAAAAUAUCUCAUUAGUCCAUAGAUUCAUAACUGAGAUUGAACCUUUAUUAAUAGUUUUUGUUAUCAAUGUAAGGAAAAACCUUUUUCAAAUCAGAGAUGACCAUUCAUAAGAGGUCUUUGUCUGAUUUGUCCUUGACUCUGUUUAUAAUGUUUUAAGCUUCUGUGUCUUUGUCUUCCUUUGCUCAGUGCUACACUCUGUCCAUCAAGGAGUACCCGAAAAUAGAGCUGGACACACACGGCUGUGCCCUGCGCUGCUCCUCUCUGUCAGAUCCCUCGCAGGAUUCUCAGUUUAUUGUAGCUGGUGACGAGUGUGUGUACCUGUACCAGCCUGAUGAACGAGGGCCCUGCUUUGCCUUUGACGGGCACAAACUGUUGGCACACUGGCACCGUGGAUAUCUGUUUUUACUCAUCAGGGACACAAAGUCACCCAACAAGUAAGGUUCUUGAUUGACCAAACUAAAUACAUGGACAUAAGGUGUUUUCUGUAUUGUUAACCUUGGUCCAUCUUUCCAACUAUGUAAGGUUUAAUCCAUAUAGAUCACACAGCAACAGCUGUAUCUCAGAAAUUCUGAGAUUAUGUGGGGAAAGUUAGUGGAGCUAGUUCAAUGAUGAGAUUGAGGCUAUGCCAAAUACUGUAAGAUAUUAUUUUUAAGAUACUGUAUAUUUCAGUAAAUUGCAAAGUGUUUACAAAAACCCACACCAUGGACCUUCUGGGAUAUCAUUUAUUUGCAACCUUCUUUAUUGCACUCCACCUUGAUUGAAGUAUACAUUGAUUUCAUCGAUAAAUUAGUAUUUGUGGUUUUUGAAAAAUGACAUUUCGACCUAGAUUUUCUCUGUAAUCACUCCCUUGUUUUCCCAAAACUCAAACCUCCCUCAUUUACUUCGUACAGAGACACACAUGGUUGGUUCAAAGGCUGUUGCAGAUAAAAGCGCAACCACUUUGUGUCAACAGAGUUUUGCUGUCAAUAGAAAGAAAUGUGUGUUACCAUAGGAUACACAAGACUGCUACACCCAAAGACCGUGAGAAAAUGUUGACAGCAUCAGUUUUUUCCUUCAGGACAGAGUUUGGCAGCAGGGGGAGCUCUCCAUCAGACAAACAGCUUCUAACCAUCUAUGACCUGGACAACAAGUUCAUCGCCUAUAGUGCUGCUUUUGAUGAUGUCAUUGAUGUGGUGGCCGAGUGGGGCUCCUUCUACAUCCUGACCAGAGAUGGAAACAUGUUUGUUCUUCAGGAGAAAGACACGCAGACGAAACUAGAGGUGAGUCCAGCGUAGUGGGUAACUGCUGGUUUAUGGUCAUUUUGUUUAUUGCUGUACCCUUGACUGAGCAGCUGUGCUGUGCUGUGUGUCUUAAAGAUGCUGUUUAAGAAAAACCUCUUUGUGAUGGCCAUAAACCUGGCUAAGAGCCAACACCUGGACAAUGAUGGACUGUCUGAGAUCUUCAGACAGUAUGGUGAUCACCUUUACCUUAAGGGGGACCAUGAUGGAGCCAUUCAGCAGUACAUCCGGUAAUAAUAUCACUUAAUAUGUGUGAGGUCUAUGUGGGCUCUUUAAAAAGAAAUAUUAGUCAUUGCAGCAAAUAAACUGUUUUUGGUUUAAAAACUCUUCUACUCAUAAACAAAAUGAUCCCUCCCUUUUUGUCUUUAUAAGGUUGUGAGGCACUAAAAACAACAAGUGUAUCCGGACAGCAGUACUUUGAUAGAGUGCAUUCAGCCUGUAUAAUAGUUUCACAGACUCCAGUGCAUUAAAACAUAGAGCAGCAUUCAAAACCUUUCACCAUUGUUUCUGCAGAACUAUUGGAAAACUGGAGCCGUCGUACGUCAUCAGGAAAUUCCUGGACGCACAGAGGAUCCACAACCUGACAGCUUAUCUGCAGGCUCUGCACAGACAGUCACUGGCCAAUGCAGACCACACCACGCUGCUGCUGAACUGCUACACCAAGCUGAAGGACAGCUCCAAGCUGGAGGAGUUCAUUAAGGUGACGGAGCCUCAAGACAGAAUGACAAACGCAGAGUAAUGUGUCAUUAACAGAGCACAGAUGGGUCUCGGUUGCAGUACAACAUAAAAAACAUAUUGCAGAGCUUUUCUCACAACAAUUAGAUCACUAAUGCCGUAAUGUUAUUCAAGUAUAUGUUCCUGUCUUUCUUUCCUACAGAGCAGUGAAAGUGAGGUCCAUUUUGAUGUUGAGAUCGCCAUCAAGGUUCUUCGGCAGGCCGGCUAUCACAGCCACGCUGUGUUUUUAGCUGAGAAACACAUGCACCAUGAGUGGUACCUGAAGAUCCAGCUGGAAGACCUCAAGGUAAAACCAUCAGCGGUGGUGUGAAAACUUGUGUUGGAAAUGUGUGUUUGUUUUUUUUCUCAAGAGCAAGAAUUCUACCUUGAUGGAUGCAUUACAAAACAUUUCAAACAAACUGACCAGAUAAGGCAAGGGUGGAAUUUGACUUCCAUAUUAGAUCAGUUUAUUACAGCCAAAUAGCCGUUUACAGACAAAAAAGACAACAUCACAUAUAUAUGCAAUCAUGUGAGCAUACUUGAUAUAAUUUCUGUACAAUUACAGAGCUUUCUACCUCAAUUCAGGUCAAAAACUUCCUCAGUAGUUUCGAAGCAGAUAAUCAAUGAUGUAAUAAGAUGAUCAUACAUCUAUAUCAAGUUUUUUUUUUUUUUACAUCAUAGUUUCCUAUUUAUUUUUACUCGGACUUCCCAGAAGAGUAAACCUGACUCACAAACCCCACAGGGAAGCCCAAACACAGAAUAACCACACAUUUCCACCAUAAAAAAAGGUAUUAAUUCUGCAUUUAAAAAGACACCUUUGUCAUCUUGAGUUGAUACACUUUGGAUACUAAAGCCAAAACAACUUUUUAAACCUUCGGAAACUCUUGCUGUGACCUCGGUUUAACCCUUUGAUCAUCUAAAAUGUGCUUUGUGGUGUGUCUCCUUGCAUAUCAGUCCGUAUGUAUGCAUAAGGAUAAAAUUCAACGGAAAAAAAAUCAUUUAAUCAUGAUGCUAGAUACAAACCUGCAAGUGAUAACUCUGAGAUUCAUCUCUGAAGUAAAUGAACUGUCAACAGUGACUGACACAGAGACAGCUGUCUAAUAUGAAUGACCCUCCACAUGUUUGGGGGGCAUCAGAUCUCCUUACAUUGUAAUUAGGAGGAGAGGAUCACAGUGGCUCACUCAUGUUAAAGUCAUUUAAUUGAAAAGCCAUUUGUGACGUCACGUCUUAUCUUGGUCUGCUACAAAUGUUAAGAUAGUGUUUGGCAAAAGAUUUGAAGAAGAGGAAAAUAAAUGUGAUAUUCAUUACUCCUAAUAGAUAGAAUAUAUACAGGUGGGCCUAACCUGGUGUUUUUUUCAUUCAGUAAGCUCUGAAGUGGCCGACAAGGAAAGACUAUGUGCAGCAGCCUGUAGGAUCACUGGCUGCCAACAGAAUUAAAAAUAGAAACAAGUAGUCAGCAGUGAUUAACUGAGCAGCAGUAGUUAACUAUUUGGCCUGAGGUCCACUAUUUGGCUGACAUCCGGCACCUAUGGAAAGUCCUGUAUAAAGACAAAAAGUUCACAUAGAAAAACAAUAAGAGCACUGUUUGUCCAUGAGCUCGACGGUACAGUUAGUACUGACAAAUUAAGUACCAGUACAAAAACUACAGGCUCUUAAUACCUAUCCCUGCUGCUCUCCUCAAUACUUUUCAGAGCGAUCUAAUCCUGAUGGACAGUUUCAACAGCAGGUUUAAUACAGGCCUGUGAUACAAGCUCCAGAGCAGGAAGCAGUUUUACUCAACACUGAGACAUCGAAAAGUCACCUAACUCUCCUUUCUCUGUCCUAUCCUGAAAACAGAAUUAUAUUUCAUGUCUGAAAAGUGUUUAAUGUUUUUUCUCUCUAAACUCCAGAACUAUCAGGAAGGCCUGCGUUACAUUGGACGUCUGCCUUUCGAACAAGCUGAGAGCAACAUGAAGCGUUAUGGCAAGACCCUGAUGCAUCAUGUCCCUGAAGGUACCACGCUGCUCCUCAAGGGCUUAUGCACCAACUACCAACCAAGUGGAGACGCUGCAGAAAGAGACAGUAUAGAGGCGGGUCGAUUUGACAAGGUCAGCCUCCACUGCUUGCUUUUUUCUUAAACUUUCACAUGUAUCACCCUCUGUAAGAAGAUGUUUCACUGCAUAUGUAUUCUUCUCAACUAAUGUCCACGCUUACAGGCAAACUCAGAGGAAUUCAUCCCAAUUUUUGCCAACAAUCCUCGAGAACUGAAAGCCUUCUUGGAGCACAUGAUCGAGGUGGACCCUCGCUCUCCUCAGGGUGUGUAUGACACUCUGCUGGAGCUCCGGCUGCAAGACUGGGCACACGAACAAGAUCCUGAGGUAGGUCCAAAACAAACAGCCAUAACCCCAAACAUAAUUGACAGUCUGAACAAAGACAACAGUCAUUUAAACCUGGUUUUUCUAAUACUUUUCUUGGCAGCGAAAAAAUGUCCUGCAGGGUGAAGCUGUAUCGCUGCUGAGGAGCGACAACACUGUGUUUGAUAAAGCUCUGGUCCUCUGCCAGAUGCACAACUUCAAAGAGGGCGUUCUCUACCUUUACGAGAAGGGCAAACUGUAAGUGAGGAAUACAAACAAGUCACUCAGUAUGAAGCCAGUUCACAUAACAAAGAAAUACAUCAGGACAAAACAUCUCAUUAUCUCAUUAUCUCAUUACUCACUCCUGCUCUGCAAUUAUGAGUUUGCUGAACCUGGCACCAGGCAUGUGGCACUAAAACUGAUACCAGUUAGUUCAUCUUUGAAAUGUCAGCUAAAUAUUCAAAAUGAUUUUCUGAUAAUAUUUACAUCUUAGUAAACUAUAUCACCUUUGGGGUGCUAAUAGCCGCUUUAAGUGCCCCACAUAUGGAGACUUUGGUCCUCGAUCCAGAGGUCACUGGUGCGACUUCCAGCCUCAACCCUUUGCUGCAUGUCUUCUCUCAAUCUCUACUCCCCAUAUUUUCUGUCUCUCUUCAGCAGUCCUAUCAAAUAGACAAAAAUGUAAAAAAAAACACAACUCUUAAAAAACAACUUUGUAGCCGAUGCUGUUAGUGAGCUAGCUAACCAAGAACAUCCAACAGUGGAGAUUACAGCUCAUUUCUCUCCAGUUCUCCAGUUUCAGUGGAUUUGGAAAAAUAGUGGGCAUCAUUUUUUUCAUGAGUCGUAGUGGAGUCAUGCUAAAGCACUCUCGCUUGUGCUCUGCGUACUUCUCCGAGGGUCAGUUCAGGACUUCGGCAAUUCUUCAUCUGACACUCUGAGCUCAACCCUACAACCCCUCUGCACUUCAGCCUUUGCCUCUUGGGGCAAACCCAUAUUACUGAUGCCUCAACUGUGGAGACUACGCUGUAAAGAAUUGUUUUGUAACUCUUCACUCAGAGGGCAUAUUAAAUUAAUAAUUUCUGAUGCUAAAGUUUCUUUGUCCUGUAGUUCAGGGUCAGACAGCUCAAACAAAUGUAAAGCAAAAUGUUAGCUGAUGUCCCCAUACAGUCCUGAGAGCCCUUCUUAACUGGAAAAUAAGCUGUUCUGGACCAAACUUUUAACAUCAUUAAGAAUUUUGACUCUUACUUAGAAUUUCAUUGAUAAAUAAUGACAUAAUGAACUUUAAUAUGCAUUUAUUUGAAAUAUUUGAAGUCAUGUUUCUGGGGCUUUCAAAGAAGAGGUCUCUGUUACAGGGACACUCCCCAGAGGUGUGCCAAGCAUAGGCCACCGCCCAUCUCUCCUCUCCUCUUUCAAAGGUUGUUUACUCAGAGACAUAUUCAGUUGAAGAUAAGUAAUCUGUUGUCAUGUUUUAGCUGUUACUCCAUGCAGAAAUAGUUUCAGACAAAAAUGCAAACUUUUAAAUGUGAGUGUAAGGGAGUUCAUUUGUACUCACUGCUUUGUUGAAGAAGUUAUGCUCUGGCGUGUGGUGGUCUUCAGUGAGGUUUCAUAGAAAAAGAUUGUACCCCCAAGUACUGACCUGGUGUGUAUACUUAAUUAUUUUCAAUUUUCAUUUUCACAACUUUGUCAUAUGACUGCACUUUUUAAAAAAGCAAAGGAAAUAUCAUUUCAUGGAGCUUUCCUGGUCUAAAAGAGCCUCCCUCUCUGCUCUUUUCGCUUGCUUCUCACUCCUCCUGUCCUACCAGAAUGCCCCCCUUUCAGCCUGCACAUCAGUUUUCCUCCUGCUGCUUCUCUUCUCUUCACUCCUUCCUCACUUCUCUCUUCAGACUCUCCUGUCUUCUUGCUCUUUCUUUCUUUGAUCUCUUGCUCCUUUCUUCCCACCUGUUCCUUCUUUGCUCUUUUGCUCCUUUUCUUCUCUGCCUUUUUCCUUCUCUUUUCUCUCCUGCUGUUCCCUGACCUGUCUUUUUGUAAACUCUCCUUUCUUUUUCCCUCAUACAGCAUGCUGUAUCGGGCCAGAAUAAUUGCAUGUCUUCAAAGACAUUUGCAUCAUCAUCUUGUGUGUUAAUGAAUAAAAACAAUAUUUCAGGAUUGUGAUAAGAAGCCAACUUAACAAACAAUAACUCUCAGACCAGUGAGGUUUUUGGACUUCUCUUCAGCUUUUUGAAAUUUUGAUUUGACUUGUUUCAGUUUUGACAGUCACAUACUUGAAAUUCCAUAACAUAAUUGUCGUUGUUAUGCAGAUAUCAACAGAUAAUGCACUACCAUAUGCAGAAUGAAGAAUAUGGGAAAGUGGUGGAGGCCUGCAAGCGCUAUGGGGACCAAGAAGGUUGCCUUUGGGAGCAGGCGCUGGGUUACUUUGCCAGAAAAGAAGAAGACUGCAAAGCCUACAUCAGUGAAGUCUUACACCACAUCGACCAGAACAACCUCAUGCCUCCAUUACUAGGUGAGCCGAAGGUGAAGACCGAAUCACUGCCGUUGAGGUUUGAAAACCAGCGCAGCAUUACAUAACCUGCUUUUUUUCGUGGUCUGUCAUAGUGGUGCAGACACUGGCACACAACUCCACAGCCACCCUCUCCGUCAUCAAGGACUACCUCAUCAACAAGCUGCAGAGAGAGAGCCAACAGAUAGAAGACGACGAGCGUAAAAUCCGCCAGUACAGAGAGGAGACGGCUCACCUUCGCUCAGAGAUUCAGGAGCUCAAAACAAGGUGGGCGUCAGGAACAGUCUUUAUUUUUUCAUGAGCUUUGUUUUGAGACUAAGAGACAGUAAUUUCAUAUUUUUUUUUUUUUUUUUUUGGAUGCUUUAGCUUAUUACCAUCAACAAGUGCAUUUGAGGGACGUAAUUCAAAGUAUUUCAGUCUAUAUUUUCAGUCAGUCAGAUAAGUGUACAUGUAUUAAAGAGUCUAGUUUUUGUCAGGCUUACACAAUAAAACAUGUCGUUUUUUAAACAUUAUAUAAAUGUAAGUGCAGCUCAGAGGGAUGGAAGUGGGCUGGAUGAGUUCAGAUAAACAACCUUUUUUCUCUUCUCACAUUCCCACAGUGCCAAAAUAUUCCAGAAGACCAAGUGCAACAUGUGCAACAGCCCCCUGGAGCUGCCCUCCGUUCAUUUCCUGUGCAGCCACUCCUUCCACCAGCACUGCUUUGAAAGCUACGCAGAGAGUGAGGCCGAGUGCCCGACCUGCACGCCGGAGAACCGCAAAGUCAUGGACAUGCUGCGUGCACAGGAUCAGAAACGAGACCUGCAUGACCACUUCAACAGACAGGUACCAGUACUACUGAAGUUCAUCAUGUAACUGGUUGUGUAUCCAGACAAAUACUUGUGUAUGUAUUCAUAAUGAUCAUAUAAAUUCAGUUUUCAAGGUGUCAUACUUUUGUCUGUAAUCAUUCGCCACUGAAACUGUACACUUUGACCAUCACAGGAUUAUUUAAAUCACUGUCUGAUUUCCUUUUGGUUUUCAGUUACGUGGCUCUAAUGACGGCUUCUCUGUUGUGGCGGACUACUUUGGUCGAGGAGUGUUCAACAAGCUGACUCUAGUCACUGACCCCCCUGGUAGCAAAACUGUUGGGAGUCUAGAAGUGAAUCUGCAGAGAGAUCUCCUCAUCCACACCAAGAGAAACUGUUAGAAAGCUGAGUUUGUGAUCGUGCUCUGAAUCCAACCUAAGCAUCUUACCUUAUUGUCCAGCUUUAUAACAAAGAAACAGUCCAGUUCAACUUUCUGCACACCAUAUCUGGAGUUUGUAACAGUGCAUGCGGCUGCCUGUUUUCAGUCCCUAUGAUGGACUCAUCUGCAUCACUAUGCUCUUAGUUAUGAUUCACUGUAAACUGUAAAAAUGUUCUUGACUUAAACAUUUACAUCUGUGUCCUAAAAACUCACAGAAUCAAACCUGUGAGGAUUUGCCUUUGGUGGGUUUGCUUGAACUCAUCGUGUUGACUUGCACAUACUAGAAAGUUAAAUGAUCAGUCAUUAAUAAAAGUAUUGUAUGUCUGUUACUUACACUUGAUCAAAUUGUAAAUAAAGCCAUUAAAUGGAUUUUCAAUGUUG